CGAUAUCUUCCUUCUCACGUAGCCAUAUGACACAUAUUGUAGAUUGUUCGUUGCUAGAUUUUAUAGACAGAGGAGAUGUGGAAGACCAUGUUUUCGAGUUAUACUCGAGUCGGGCUCCGCCAGAGAAACAGCACCUUGGAUACGUUGAUAACUCUAAAGAAGUAGUCGAGAUCUCUCUUGACCAACUUGGAAUGGAUUUGCAAAUCCGUCAAUCGCUUACCGAGUUGAACUCGACUCGUGAGAGCUCCACAACUGGCUUUAUAGUAUGGCAAUCGAGCGUAUUGUUUGUUGAGUGGAUGUUGAGCGAUGAGAAAUCACCGUUCUUCAAAGUAUUUCAGUAUCGCUCGGACUUGACAGUAGCGGAAUUAGGUGCUGGUAUUAGCGGGAUCUGUGCUACUGUACUUGGACCCAAAGUUGCCCGUUACAUUGCUACAGAUCAAAAGCAUAUCUUGAGAUUGCUAAUGGAUAACUUUCAGAACAAUGCUGGAGGGGCAAAAUGGACUAGUUCUACUGUGGAAAAUGAUGCUAGUUCAAGUGGUAAAAGCUCGAAGAAGAAAGGAAAGAAAGUUACCAAAUCAAGAAGUUCAUAUUCAGAGGGAUCAAAGAUAGAUUUCAUUGAAUAUGAUUGGGAAUACUUGGACCUUGGACGAGAUAACUACGAUUCGUUGUUCUUAGAUCUGGGACUCACUCCAAAGCACCCAGACAUCAUCUUAGCCUGCGAUACCAUUUACAACGAAUAUUUGAUUCCAUUUUUUAUAGAAGCUGUGAAGAGUUUACUAGCAGAGAACACCAUAGUCGUUAUAUCUCUCCAGUUGAGAGAUUCCAUUACGUUGAAAUCGUUUGUCGAUCAGGUUGUUGAAUCCGAAUUAAAGAUGUACUCAGUUCCAGUAGAGAUGCUCAGUGAGAAGCUUGCGAAGGGAUUUGUUAUUUAUGUGCUAACAAAGUAAAGAAAUAAUACAUAUCCAGUUACAG